AUGCUGGCCCUUCUGGCCAUAUUAAUAGCCUUCAUUACACCCUUCUACAUAAUCUACAAGCCACCGACACUCUUAAUCCGGUACUUUGCAUUCCGCUGGCCGGACGUCCUCUGGCACGUGUAUCCCACAACCGAGAAGGUCAUCGCACUCACAAUCGACGACGCACCAAGCGAGUACACCCGCUCGAUCCUCGAGAUCUUAAAAGACAACAACGCAACUGCGACCUUCUUCGUCAUCGGCGGCCAAGUGCAUGGAGCCCCACAGCAAGAGAUCCUGAAAGAGCUAGUCGCCAACGGCAACGAACUGGGCAACCACGCCAUGCACGACGAGCCGUCGCGCUCCCUCCCGGACUCCGAACUCAUCUCGCAGAUCGAGACGGUCGAGGGUUUCAUCGACGGCGCGUACGACGCCGCUGGUGCCCCCUCCCAUCCCGCCCGGUAUUUCCGACCCGGGUCUGGGUUCUUUUCGGGGAGGAUGAGGGCGAGGGUGGAUAUGUUGGGGUACCGGAUCGUACUGGGGAGCGUGUACCCUCAUGACCCGCAGAUUCCGUACCCGAGCAUCAAUGCGAGGCAUGUGCUGAGUAUGGUGAGGCCAGGUGCCAUUGUGAUCUGCCAUGAUAGGAGGAGCUGGACGAUUCCGAUGUUGAGGAAGGUUAUCCCUGAGCUUAAGAGGAGGGGGUACAGGAUCACGACGGUUUCGGGGCUGUUGAGUCAGACGGCGGUGAAUUGA